AAUCGACUGAGAGGAAUCAGCAGUCGUUCCGAUUGGACCACCGACCACCGGUCACAGAUCUGACGAGUACGUUUUAGUUACUGUUAAAAAACCGUUCGGAUAAAGGUCGUUUCUGAGACUCAUUCUACAGUAUCUGGCUCUACAGGAGAAGAAUGGCAGAGUUUUUCCCUGGGAAAUCUGCGCCCGUCUACCAGUCCACCCCAAAACCCGGGUCCUCAACAUCCAGACCCGAGUCCGACCUCCUGGUCCCGCAGCCCGCCGAGAACCUCUCCAUACAACACGGCACCGGGGACCAUGUGAUGACCAGCGAAGAAUCAGGCGUCAUACUGGACAUCUCCAGCAUCCCCGAGCAAGAGCCCAGCCCCAGCCCUAAGAAGCCCAGGCUGGGAGCCCCCCAGACAGCCUCCUCCUCCUCCUCCUCCUCCUUCUGCUCCCUGCCGUGGUCAGAUGUGGAUGAGCUCGGGAGACGAGCCCAGGAGCUGGUGGAGAGGAUCAACCAGAGCCGGGACCGCGACCAGGAGAUCAUCUGCAGCUUCCAAGACCAACUGCUGUCAAAGGUGGGGGACGUGUGCCAGCAAGUGAAGGAGCAGCUGUUCUCUAGCUAUGAGGAGCAGGGCCAGAGCUUGGAGCAGCAGCUGCAGGAGCUGUCCCGGGUGCUGGAGAGGAGCAGCUCGCUGAGCACCGAGCUCCAGGAUGUCAGCGCCACGCUGUCUGUGAUCAACACAGGCCUGCUGCACAGCCCCCGGGACCACCCGGACCAGCCCAGUCCUCUAGACACCACAGACCCCCUUUAUGAUAAACCAGGUCCGUGAGGAACACAGGAAGUCCAUGUCAGCAGGUGGCGGUUUUGAGCCGGUAGUUAUGUUAUAUUAUAUGUAAUAUUUCACCCUGCUCAACACAUCACUUGAUAAGUGUAAGCCCUGUAAGUCUACAAUGGCAUUUUAGUUCAUAUUCAAUGGUAUUUAAAAACAAUCUUGGGAGCAUUUUGUUUACUUUCCAAAAAUUCUAUGGUUUAUAUUAUAGGUCUGACUUUUGACUGUCAAGAACAGUGAGUCUUUUCAAUUAGGACCCGUUUCAUAUUCACUUUUGAAUACCAAAGUGUAGUCAAAAAAUAAAUCAUUCUUGACCAAA